UACAGACGGACCUCCAACAUGGCCGGUCUCACCUACCCCCCCGCGGCUCUGUCAGCUCUGAAGGAAGUGGAUCACUGGUCCUUUGACGUGUUUUCCUUCCACGAGGCGACCGGAGACCACGCUCUGAAGUUCCUGGUUUACGACCUUUUGAAUCGCUAUGACCUCAUCAACAGGUUCAGGAUCCCAGUGCAGGCUCUGGUUCAGUUCGUGGAGGCUCUGGAGAGCGGAUACAGUAAACACAGGAACCCGUAUCACAACCUGACCCACGCUGCAGACGUUACUCAGACCGCCCACUGUCUGAUGCUGCACACAGGACUGAUGCACUGGCUCAGUGAGCUGGAGAUCCUGGCGAUGGUUUUCCAAGGUUAUACAAAAAACAAAUGA